AUGCAGUUCACCACCAUCACCAUCUUGGCCUUGGCCGCUGUUGCCACCGCUGCUCCCACCGAAGCUGUUGAGGCUCGUACUGGUGGCACUGGUGGUACCGGCAGCUGCAGCAACAGCCAGCCCAACGAGGUCUGCUGCUCUGGCCUGCUUCUGGACUGUGUUCUUAGCCUAGGAAACCCCUGCGGUGGACAGGCCUACUGCUGCAACAACAACGUUCUCAAUGGGUCCGGUGGUCUCAUCAACCUCAACCUUAACCUUCUCAACUGUGUCGACAUCCUCUAA